AUGGCUCCCUCUCACCGCCGUGGACCUUGGGUCCCAGAAGAAGAUCAACUGCUCAUGCAGCUGGUCCGUGAACAAGGCCCUAACAACUGGGUUCGAAUCUCUCAACACAUGCACUACCGCUCACCAAAACAAUGUCGGGAACGUUUCCACCAAAACCUGAAGCCUUCAUUGAAUCGGGAACCCAUCUCCGCAGAUGAGGGGUUAUUGAUCGAGCGCCUGGUGAAUGAGAUGGGAAAGCGCUGGGCUGAGAUUGCCCGCCGUUUGGGAAACCGGAGCGACAACGCCGUCAAGAACUGGUGGAAUGGUAGCAUGAACCGAAAGCGCCGCGGAAUUUCCACUCCUACAACCGCAUCUCGAACAUUCAGUGGCCGAGUAGAGGCACCAUAUACCCGCGCUUCAGUGGUCAGCCCAUCUCGUCCUCGUUUCAGUACUCGCCCAUGGGCCGAUACUGAAUCCAUCGAUUCCUAUUCUCAUUCUCGCCGUGAAUCUACUGCUACCACUGCUUCUACUACCACACGCCAUCUUUCCCCGAUCUACACUCUACCUUCCAUCAACCGUCCCAUUGAAACUCCCUUGACAUCUCCUGCUUUCUCUGAAAUCUCCAAUGCUACCUCCUCCGAGCCUCCUUCCAUGGUUUCCGAUCACAACUCCGUCUGCUCCUCUUCUCCUCGCACUCUUCCUUCACCCACAAUGCUACCUUUACCGGUGGAUGUGCGAUCACAAUACGAGAUCCGUCGACCAAGCGUCACAGUACAAGUGGUGGAUAAUUCCCCCAGUUAUCCCGCGCGCUCUUUGGAGUCACUUUCAGACAUCGCCUCCAAACAAAGGUGGAUGGCGCAUCAACCUACGUUGGCUUCAUGGCAUCAACCCAUGGAAUAUCCCAAGGUUUACCAGCCAGAACCUUCUCGUGAUACCCGUAUGGGUGUGAACAACCUCUUGAAUUAG